UGGUGUGAGCGCCUCCGGGACCUUGACCAUGGCCCCUGCCGGGCUUCUGCCCGUCCGGGUGGAGACCACUCCUGUGCCCCUGGGCGCCGUGACGAAGGCUCCCGUCAGUGUCUGCGUGGAGCCCACCUCUUCCCAACCCCUGCGCUCCCCCGUCGGGACCCUGGUGACCAAAGUGGCGCCUGUCAGUGCCCUUCCUAAACUCAGCAGCGGCCCCCGGCUGCCUGCUCCUCAGAUGGUCGCGGUGAAAGCCCCCAACACUACAACUAUCCAGUUGCCUGCGAAUUUGCAGCUUCCUCCAGUGUCUUAAGAGGGAAG